CGAGUAGUCGUGUAGUUUACUUAUACAGCGAAUUAAAUUUAAUAAUGUGUGAUGCAGUCACAUCGUGGCUAAUUUAAUUAAAAUCUAAAAUGUUUUUUUCUCUAUUAUUAUUGAUUGUGUCUUUUUUAUUGUUAUGUUAUUAUAUCGACUAUUUGUUUAGAGAUGAAGAUUUUGACAAGAUCCCAGGACCCAAAGGGAUGUUUCUUAUUGGAAAUGGAUACGAUUGUCUUUUGGAGUCUGCUCAAUUUUUCAAGUAUUUUCGCAAUUUAGUGAGUAAAUACAAGGAUAUCUGCAAAUUUAAAAUAUUUAAUAUAAAGUUUGUCCUUAUAUACAACCCAGAUGACAUCGAGACGAUUUUGACGAAUACCAAAUACAAUGACAAAGGAUUUAUUUACUACUUCCUUCGACCGUGGUUGAAAGACGGCCUUCUCGUUAGUGAUGGAGCUAAGUGGCAUGAGCGGAGGAAAAUUCUGACUCCAGCAUUUCACUUUAACAUUCUCCGGCACUUCAGCACUAUAUUGGUGGAGAACAGCGAGAAGUUAGUGGAGAGUCUCCGGCCAGAAACAGACAAGUCCGGAACGGACAUUUACCCUUUCAUAGCUGGCAUGACAUUAAAUUCUAUAUGUGAAACGGCAAUGGGUACAUCUUUAGAUAAGAAGAAAAAAGACACCGGUACGAAAUAUAAAGACGCAAUACAUACACUAGGAACAUACAUUCUUUACAGAGGUCAACGAUUUUGGCUUCAUCCUCUAGCAUUGUUUAACUUAAGCUCUGUUGGGAGAAGUCAGAAGAAAUUAUUGAAUGAAAUUAGUUCUUUUCGGGAUCAUGUUAUUAAAAAAAGGCGCCAAAAUGGGACUUACAUGAAUUUGUAUACAGAAGUUAUGAACGAAAAGGAAAAUGAUUUAAUAGGUCAAAAGAAACGCUUGGCGAUGCUGGAUUUGUUACUAGAAACAGAGGAGAAAGGAAAGAUAGAUAUUGAGGGGAUUAACGAGGAAGUCGACACGUUCAUGUUUGAGGGUCACGAUACAACAGCGACUGCGCUCCAGUAUGCGUUUAUGCUGAUUGCAAAUCAUCCAGAGGUUCAGGAUAAAAUAAUCGAAGAGUGCAGACAAAUAUUCGGCACAUCUGAUCGGAAGCCUACGAUGUCUGACUUAUCAGAGAUGAAGUAUUUAGAAUGUUGCAUUAAGGAAACUUUAAGGCUCUACCCGUCGGUGUUUUUUAUUACCAGAUAUUGUAAACAAGAAAUCAAAUUGAAAAAUUACAAUUGCCCAGCUGGUUCAGAUUGUUCAAUUUUAAUAUUCGACUUGCAUCGGCGUAGCGAUCAGUUCGUCGAACCUCUCAAGUAUCGCCCUGAGAGAUUUCAGGAGGAACCCACCUGGCACCCAUUCGCUUACAUACCAUUCAGCGCAGGACCUCGUAAUUGUAUAGGUCAAAAAUUUGCGAUGAUGGAAAUGAAGUUGGCGAUAUCUGCUGUUCUUCAACAAUACCGUUUGUUACCAGUCACCAAGCCGGAGGACAUCGUCUUUAUCGCCGAUAUCAUCUUACGACCAAAGAAUCCCAUUUAUGUAAAAUUUGUAUGUCGAUGAAAUGAUAAUAUUAUAUUUUUUAUUAUAUUCUA